AUGUCAGCUGAAGCAUAUGAUACUGAAAUGGAUUACUCCGACUCAGAUUGCGGAGAUCCAGGUUAUGAAGAUUAUUAUAAUGUGCAACCAUGGGAUGGUGAAGGUGACAAUGACAUAGAUAAUGAUCAAAGCAGAAGAGAUCCUGAAUAUGCUGUAUAUGACUGUUUAAGAAUCGAAGAAGUGGAGAGACUUUUAAAUGAAGAUGUAGAAUUAUUAAGUAAUAGUCUUCAUAUAACACCAUCCUUAGCCAAAGUUUUAUUACAUGCACAUAAUUGGACAUUACAAGAUAUCAUUGCGAAGUACCGUACUAAUGCUUCCAGUUUAUUGAUUAAUUCAAAAAUAAAACCAUUACCACCAUUGGAUUCACUGUCAGGAUUAAAAGGUCAAAGAGGUGGAUUAUGUUCAGUUUGUGUCACAAUUUAUUCAGCUGAAAAGUUUUCUACAUUAACAUGUGGACAUUCAUUUUGUAAAGACUGUUGGUGCAUGCAUUUUGAAAUACAAAUAACCCAAGGUAUUUCUACAGGAAUAAGCUGCAUGGCACAAGAUUGCAAUGUCUUAGCUCCAGAAGAUUUUGUUUUAUCUCUACUCACCAAGCCUAAUAUGAGGGAAAGGUAUCAACGGUUUGCUUUUUGUGAUUAUGUAAAGUCUCAUCCACAAUUAAGGUUUUGUCCUGGACCCAAUUGUCAAAUGAUCAUGCGUUCAAAAGAGCAAAGAGCAAAAAGAGUUAUGUGUUCAUCGUGUAAAACUGUGUUUUGCUUCCGAUGUGGUAUUGAUUACCAUGCACCAACUGAUUGUAAUACUAUGAAGAAUUGGCUAACAAAAUGUGCAGAUGAUUCAGAAACAGCUAAUUAUAUUAGUGUUCACACCAAAGAUUGUCCAAAAUGCCAUAUUUGCAUAGAAAAAAAUGGUGGCUGCAAUCAUAUGCAAUGUUAUAACUGUAAGUAUGAUUUUUGUUGGAUAUGCCUUGGAGAUUGGAAAGCACAUGGAAGUGAAUAUUACGUAUGUUCGCGUUAUAAAGAAAAUCCGAACAUUUCUCACGAGAGUAUCUUUGCACAAGCAAGAGAAGCUCUUAAAAAAUAUCUUCAUUAUUAUGAGAGGUGGGAAAAUCACAGUAAAUCAUUAAAAUUGGAAGAACAAACACUGGAAGCCAUAAAAAUGCAGAUAAAUAAAAAAGUAAUGAAUUCUAGUGGAACAUGGAUCGACUGGCAGCAUUUAUUUGCUGCUGCAUCGCUUUUAACGCGCUGCCGUUAUACUUUGCAGUAUACUUAUCCUUAUGCUUAUUACAUGGAACCUGGACCACGUAAAGAAUUGUUUGAAUAUCAACAAGCCCAACUCGAAGCAGAAAUAGAAGACCUUUCUUGGAAAAUAGAACACGCGGAAACGAUAAAUCGCGGAGAUUUAGAAAAUCAAAUGGAUAUUGCUGAAAAGCGUCGGGUUACUUUACUGAAGGACUUCCUUGAGGUAUAAAUAUUAAAUGAACGUAAAUAUUCUGUUAUAUUGUCGCAGUCUCUUUUACAGUCAGGCCAAACUUAUGAAACAGCUAUAGCUUAGGUUUUGAAGUAUUAUAUUCCAACAGCUAUUAUUUUCUAUAUGAUACACAUUAGUUAAUCAU